UUCGAAAGUCCCGGAAAGCGGAAAAGGAGAGAAGCGGAUGCGCGCGCGCGCUUCUCCUGUCUGUCUCUCUCUCUCUCUCUCUCUCUCUCUCUCUCUCUCUCUACGCGUAGUGGUGCGUCGCGCUACGGGCGUCCUUCCGCGUUCUCGAUCUCGAAUGCGCGUUCGCGCAUUCGCCCUAGGAUUGUAACAGCUUAUUUAUCGUUAGUGGAGUGAUCUCGUUUUCCGUCUCCUACGUCGCUCUCUCUCCGUUUUACCGCCGCGCGCGGUAUCAGAGCCAUUCUCAUAUAAAGUCUCAUCGUGCGAUUUUUCGCCGGGAUAUAUCAUAUCCCCCGUCGCGAAGCCGGGGGAAACAGUGUGAAGCCAGCAUCCGUCCCGGUGGAAAGUUCUCCGACUCACUUCGCGAUUCGAUCGUUCGAGGAAUCUUCUCGCGGGGGGAUGUUGAGAUAGCCCGGCACCAUCCAAUCGCGCAGGACUGGAUUACCAUGCUGGACACGGCCGCGAGUCGCAGGUGGCUUGACGUCCAGGCUGAAACUGUGAAGAGUAUAGAUUGGCAGCAUUAUGCUUGCAACGUAGCAUCAAAACUUCGACCAUCUUCUUCUUGAAUCGCGCUACGAUGUUGUUUAGGUAAGCGGGUGGGAGGCGCUGCUGACCGGUGGCGGCGGCGGCCAUGCGCCCCGGCCCGCCAGUACAGCCGAGCCGCCGCAGGUCUCCCCGUCGCCAGCAUCCGCGCCAGCAGCAGCUUCAUCGGGAGCGCGACCGUAAGCAGCAGCGGCAGGAACAUCGUCGUCCGUCGCAUCUGCUGCCGCGGCCGCGCGUCAACGGUCCGCGCGCCCUCCUGGUACUGCUGCUACUGGCCAGCAGCCCCCUGGUCCUGGGUCAGGCCCAAGAAUCACCGCCAGUUCAGUGCCAGCAGGCGCCCGUCUCUCAUAAGAAUCUGUGGUCGGGGGGCGAUAACACGGCGGCCCAGCCGCUUCUAUGGAACUUGACCAUCGGCUACCUCACCGCUAUCAAGGGCGGCCUCAAGGAUCGUCAGGGUCUCGCCAUCUCUGGCGCUCUGUCCAUGGCACUCGACGAGAUCAACAACGAUCCGAACAUUUUGCCGAACGUGAAGCUGGUGAUGCGAUGGGCCGACACGAGGGGAGAGACUACCGAAGCUACCAGUGCAAUGAUCGACAUGAUCUGCGACGGGGUCGUGGCCUUUUUCGGACCGGAAGGCUCCUGCUACGUCGAGGCAAUCGUCGCUCAAUCUCGCAACAUACCUAUGCUCAGUUAUGUGAGUAAAUUACGAAUUUUUAUUUUCCAAAUUUUUUUAACUUGAUUCUAUGCACAUCGUCCGUUAAUAAAUAUACUAUUAUAAUUAUUACAUGAGUUAUUAAUAAUAUGUAUCAAUGAGUACGCAAUUGAUUGCAGACUCUACACGCGUUUUAUCUACUUUUUGACACGGAAUGUUUAUUUUAUUUCGGCUUUUGGAAUAAGAUUGAAAGUAUAAGCUAUUUAACUCUUUUUCGCAUAUUUUUAUGUAUUA